AUGGCCAUGAGAAGGGCCCAUUCUAGAGCUCUGCUGAUCAUCGCGGUGCUGUGUUUGCUCGGCAUCGGCCUGGACUUUGUGGCACCGGACAUCAGCAUCAUCGAAGGGCUUCAGGAAAUUGGCAUUCUGUCCGAGAUCGGGAAUGGGAUAGCUGACGCCGGAGUUGUGACAGAAGUGAUUGCCAGCGAAACUGACCAAGCCACUGGGGCCACUGAACUGGUCCUGGCGCUCGUCUCUGGUGCAAUGCUUGGAGCGCGCAGGCGCCAGAAAGGCGAACGAGCAGACGAAAUGCCCAAGAGUCGACCAAGCUUGGUGGCAUCCUGUGAUAGAUGGGAACUCACACACAAGCACAAAGACCACAGCCCUUUGCUCAACCUGGGAGAUCCGAUGGAGAAGCUGCUGGCAGACCACCAUACCCGCCAGCAUCGUGAGCGGCAAGAGGCUGAGCGUCCGGACACCGAGGGCACAGAUUCAGACCUCUCCCAAGCAAGGCGUUCGACGCGAGGCGCCGCCGGAGCGUGGGUUCUGGAUGAAGAGGGAGGUCAGAGCAGCGGCUAUUGGAGCUCACCGAGAUUGCCACUCGCCCCGUGGCGGGUACCGAGCAAAGCUCGCAACUCGCCCAGUGGCUGGCUUGGCAUUUGCAGGAGCAGCGACGUGCCGACAGAUAGAUUGGCCAACCGGGCAAAGACUUUGAUCCCUUUCGUGUACUUCCUGCAUUUGCUGGGCUUCACCAUGCAAGGACCCAUCCUGCCAGCCCUGAGGGCACACUUCCACCUCCGUGCUUCUCAGACCGGCUUGAUCACCUCAGCCUUCCCGACUGGCAUGCUCGUGGCGCUGUUCUUCUAUCCACGCCUUAGUGAUGUUUGGGGCCGCAAGCCGGUGCUGCUGGUGUGUUUGACCGGCGUCGGCGUGGGCUUCUUGCUGCAGAGCUACGCGCUGAAGCUUCACUGGUCAUUCCGAACUUUCCUCAAGCUGCGCAUCCUCAGUGGGACGUUUGCUGGAGCAGCUGUUGUGAUCAAGGCAUUCAUGGCCGACCUGCAUCCGGAUAUCAUGCCCAGGGCCGUGGCCAACCGAGAAGCCGCAGCAACCUUGGCCUUCAUCGUGGGCCCGAUGUUGGGAGGGCUCAUCUACGGCUAUGGGUCGGGCGGCAUCCUACGUGUAACCCUCUGUGCUGGCCUUAUGCAAUUGAUUGCUGCCUCGCUGGUUCAUCAUUUCCUCGAGGGCAUGCCUCCGCCGGGCGGCGAAGUUCGAACGGGGGAGUCAGAGAAUACCACACGCGAACUACCCGCAUUCGGAUUGGCAUCGAUUCUACUGUGCAAUCUCUUUCUCAUCCACGUUCUGUACACCUGUGGCGCAGCAGUUUUCGACAGCUUCUUCGGCGUCUGGUGCAUUGACACCUUCGGAUGGACCCCAGCCCGCCUGGGCUCAGCACUAACCGCUGCGGCGUGCUUUGCAUUUUGCACCAAUGCCUUCGCAUAUCGGAGGUACAUGCUGAAACCAACGCGGGCGGUCGCUGGUGCUGUUAUCGGCCUUGCAUCCAUCGGCCUGUCUUUUGCUGCCAUGAGCAUGGCCAAGAAGCCCCUGGUUGUGAUGGCUAUUCUUUUCUGCCAGUCAUUUGGAAUUACGUUCUUCACGCCCAGCGUGAACAUCCUGAUCGCGCGGUGCUGCCCCAGGGGCAGCCGAGGUCUGAUCUUCGCCAUGGACUCCAUCGUCUGCUCCUUGGGCCGCAUUUGCUCACCAAGCAUUGCCGGCCACUUCUAUGACCUGGGCCCUGGAGCCGCUUUCCGGGUCGUCUCCUGGGCCCUGAUGGCGGCAGCAGGACUGAUGGCUUCGCAAUGGCGUCUUCUGAACAGCUUGAUUCCCUCCGAGCUUCUGCCUGGCUGGCCAUUUCAAAAGGCACUGGAUGCUGCCAUUCUGGCGGCGACUGCGAAGCCUUCAAUGACGCAUUCACGCCAAAACAGCAAGUCGUGGUGCGAGUCCUGGUCCCAGGCUUCCACGGCUUCGGAGGAGCCGGAAGACCGGCACGGUGAUUUUGAAGACAAGGUGCAGCAGAGCACACAGCUGUUAUGGCGGAUUGGGCCCGAACUUUCAACCCGGGCAACCUGCAUAUGUCACACCAGCAGCCCGAAGUGUUCCGACUGCCCGGGUCGGCGGGCAAAGGCUGCGCAUGGGAUGAUGCGAAGUCGACGAGCUGAGGAGCUUUGCAUAGGGCUGAACCAUCAUUGCCCGCUCGAUGCCCCUCGGAAGACCCUUUUGAACGAAGGUGUGCAUCCACAAGUGUAG